UUUUUUUUUUGGUUCAUAUUUCUUCUCUUGGUCAUGAUCAUUUCAAGUGGGAUUGCCAAUAUCACUUGUAUUUCCUUCACUCUCCUUUAUAUUGCUGGAUUUUAUCUCUUUGAAGAAACAAGAAGUAAUGGUUUGAAAUUAUCUCGUCAACAUCCUACUGUCAUCAAGUCACGGAUGAAGGCAGUGACCUUAUCCUGUUGUGUCAUCUUAUUCUUAGUUUAUAUCGUUUUGUCUUAUUCUCUUGAUCAGAUGACUUUUAGUACAUUCUUGACACGUUUGGGUUGUCAACCUAUUUUUUUAUGGAACUUGUUACAACCUCUUGUUUUGACCAUGGUCCUUUUUCUUGGCCCUUUAACUAUUUUAUACUUUGACCAACAAUUACCUGGCCAAGUCGACUUUUAUUGGAAAAGAGAUGUAAUGCAAGUGAUUAGUUCAUUGUAUGGACAACGAAACUAUGUGUUUGCACCAUUGACAGAAGAACUUGUUUUUCGAUCAUGUAUGAUUGUUAUCCUUUAUCAAGCUGGUUAUUCUUAUACUUGGUUGAUCUUUAUAUCCCCUCUUUAUUUUGGCUUGGCUCAUUUACAUCAUGGUUGGGAAGUGUAUCAUCAAAUGGGACGUACAAAACAAGCUUUACAAACAGCACUUGUCUCCUCUUUCUUUCAGUUUGGAUUUACUAGUUUGUUUGGAUGGUAUGCCAGCUUUAUAUUCUUACGAACUAGUAGUUUAUGGACUUGUGUGUUGUGUCAUUCCUUUUGUAACAUGAUGGGAUUUCCUGAUAUCAAUGAUAUACCACAUCGUCCUGAUCAUCAUCGUUAUGUCAUCUGGUCAAGCUUCCUCAUUGGUAUCCUAUCAUUUGUUUAUUUAUUAUACCCAUUGACUUGUACUACGAAUUCGUUUUACUGGUCAUGCCCUAUCUAGUUAUUUUUUUUUUUUUGCAUCAAGAUCUUUCAUUCAUCAAUUUC